AUGUCGCGUCAACGGCUCCUCAUCCUGAUCACGGUUGUUCUGUUUUUCCUGGGAUUGGUUGGGACAGGUGGCUACAGGAGACAUCAAAGGCAAGCACAGCAGUCAUCUCCACGGCAAGCCUAUCCGUGGGAGAAAUUUAUCCGACUCAACGGUUACUGGAAUGGCGUUGGUAAUCUCGUGCCGUUCAAAGACUACGUCCCCGAACAGCAAUCCAACGCGACCGCUCCCGAGCCCGAACGGAAACACGAUGCAACAUCAGGGGCUACGCCUCCUUUUGAUCCGGUUGCUUUCAACCCGUAUCCGGAAUACGACUCAUACGACUACCUCGAAGCCCACUCGCCCAUGCAAAAAUGCUUCCUUGAUGAGGCGGAGACCAUGUCACCUCCAGACAUUUAUGCCUAUCCUGGCGUUCCUCAAAACAUGACCGCUCCAUUCUUCGGUUCCUACAAGGAGCUGGGUCUGGCGGAAGACGUCUGCUGGGAGCGUUUCGGUCGAUUUGCUCCGUACGGAUACGGCUACGAUCACCGAGAUGGCGGUGUUGGCCUCUCUGACAAGUCGGAGCGAGCGGGAAGCGAGCGAGUCUAUCAGAUGAUGGCUGGAGGGACCGACUGGCGAAAGGUCAAUUGGGGAAGGGCCCAGGAGGCAUGCACCAAGAAGAACAAGGCUCGAUUCGAGCCACAGGCCGAUCCCAAGAAGAAGCGGGUAUCUCGUCAAGCCUACAUUCUCCGCACUUGGACCGGUUAUCGCUACGAUGACCAUCAACUCCUCACGAUUCGAGCGAUGAUCAACGAGCUCAACAUCAAGUCAGGCGGUGAAUACGAUGUGCAUCUCCUCGUCCACGUCAAGGAUACGAGCAUUCCGAUAUGGACCGAUGCGGAUAUCUACCAGCAGACCUUGGAAGAGAACGUUCCUGAGGAAUUCUGGGGGAUUGCAACCCUCUGGUCCGAGCAACUGAUGCGUCUGUACUAUCCUGAACCGUUCCCGGACAAUUUCGACAAUCCGUCCCAACAUCCGGUGCACAGUGUCUAUCGCAGCGCUCAUUUCGCUCUCCAAUGGUUCUCUCAGGAGCAUCCUGAGUACGACUAUUACUGGAACUGGGAGAUGGACUUGCGUUACACCGGCCACUAUUACGAGUUCAAUGACAAGGUUGCCAACUGGGCUCGCAAGCAACCUCGCAAAGGUAUGUGGGAGCGGUCCGCUCGCUACUACAUCCCCGAGAAGCACGGCAGCUGGGCGGACUUCGCCCGCAUGGUGGAAGAGGAGACCAACUUGUCUCAAGAAUCCCCCAUCUGGGGUCCCACAGUCUUCCCGAAUAACGGCAUGCUCACCUCGCCUGCCGAAAACUUCCCGCCGCGUAGCUACGCCGAUGACAAGUACGAAUGGGGUGUCGGCGAAGAGGCCGACCUUAUCACCUUCAACCCUCUCUUCGACCCAACCAAAACCAACUGGGUCUUCCGCAACGAUAUCAACGGCUACACCCUUGACGCCGCGGCCCCACCUCGCCGAGUCGCCAUCAUCACUGUCAGCCGACUCUCCAAACGCCUUCUUGACUACAUGCACAACGAGACCUACCAGAUGAGGCACUCCAUGUUCCCGGAAAUGUGGCCACCUUCAUGCGCCCUGCACCACGGUCUCAAAGGCGUGUACGCCCCGCACCCCGUCUUCUUCGACCGGAACUGGGACCUGGACUACAUGGACCAAGUGUUCAACCGGCCAAAGAAGGUCGAGGACAGCGUGUUCGGAUGGGGAGAGCACAACCAGCUCGGCAGCUCCUUCUACUACAAUAGUGGCUUUAGUGGUCAGCUCUGGCGGCGUUGGUUCGGGUACAAGGAGAACAACGAGGGUGGCAGCAUGGCCGAGGUGAGCGGCUCCGGACGCAUGUGCCUGCGAAGCACACUCUUCCAUCCCAUCAAAUUCGAGAGAGGCCCGACGGACUGA